AUCAAAUGUCAUUUUUUACGAGAUAAAGCUACGUGAAUUUACAUUACAACAACGCAACAAAUUAAUAAAUAGUUCAUUUUAUUAUUAUUAACCUUUGUAAUAAGUAAAUAGUUACAACUAUCAAGAUGGGGAAAGGUUUUAAUAAUUAUAUGUGCAAGAAAUUUUUUCAUCCCGCCUCUAGAGAUAACUUGAAAAGGGUGUGGAUGGCUGAACAAAAAUCGGAUGCAUACAAAAAAAAGCAGGAAGAAUUGAGAGUGCAGUAUGAGAAAGAACAGGAACUACAUGAAAAUAAGGCACUAUUGAGCAAAGAUAGUAAAGAUAAAUUGAGCUUGAACUUUAUGUACGAACCUCCACCAGGUGUGAAAAAAGAGAGGGAACGUGAGGACAAUGAACCAGAAUAUAAAUUUGAAUGGCAGAGAAAGUACAAUGCUCCCAGAGAGAGUUAUUGCAAAGGAGACAAUGAGAUCAGGGAUCAGCCUUUUGGAAUUUUGGUCAGAAAUGUUAGAUGUAUCAAAUGUCAUAAAUGGGGUCACAUUAAUACUGAUAAGGAAUGUUCAAUGUACUCGCUAUCAAUGAGCGAGGCAAGAGCUUUACAGGCAUCUGCGACUGCACCUGAAGAUGAAGAAGAAAAACCUGAUGUUCCAACUUUGAUGCAACAUAUGAGAGAUUCUGGACUAGUAAUGAAGCCUGGUGCUAUGCCACUAGCCGCUAGUAAAAUUGUUGACAAUGAUACAUCCCUCACGGAGACCGACCUCAUCAGUCAGUUGACAAAGAAGCAGAAAAAGAAACUUCUAAAAAAAUUGGAGAAGUUGGAAAAGAAGAAAGAGAAAAAACAUAAGCACAGUUCAACAAAGCAUUAAUAUUUAACAAUAGUGAGACAUAAGACAAUUUGCAGAAUUAGUUCUCACUAAAUUAUUUUAAAUACUUAAUUAUUCAAGGUUUUUUAUUAUUAAACACUUCGUAGCUAUAUAAGCCGUAACAAUCAAGUUUGUAAUUAUUAGUUUUGAAAUGUAAUUAUUUCAUAUAACCUAUAAAAUUGAAAAUUAAAUGAAAUAAAUGAACUAUUUCAAAGCUGAAUAAUUAAGAGCUGUCUAUUAAAAGCACUUAUUUCUUUUUGUGUAUUUAUCAAUCUUUAAUUAUAACUAACAAUAUAAUUUACAAAAGCAUAA